AUGAUUGGUACAGGCACAACAGGUAUUAUCUGUACUAUUCUAGCAGAUUCUGUUAUGAUUUGGCGCUGUUGGAUAGUCUGGAGUCAGCACUGGUUGAGCAUUCUGCCUCCUGUACUUUUUCUUCUUUCUGCAACUGCAUUCAAAAUUAAUUUUCUCUAUCAAGACUAUAUAGAGACCAACUAUGAAGAGUACAUCAUUACCUUUUUCUCUCAUAAUUCUGCUAUAGCAGUAUACUUUGAAUUUCUAGCAGUAAUGACAAGAGGAAUUGCUCCAACACUUCUUGUUGGGCGUGUUGCAGCAGGUCAUGCUCAUCCAGAUGAUUCUUGGCAGAGAAGUGUGAUUUCAGGCUCACUUCACUUUGGAACACAUUCUGGAGACCAGACUUCUCAGCAAGAUUCUAUGAUCAGCAUUGAUCUUGAAUCUCAGCAGGGGAUAGAUGAUAAGUAUGGCCAUCAGAAUCUUGCAUAUUCUGGAGAAGAUAAUGCCUAUAAUAGUGGCAUCCAAGAGGAUGACUCUGAGAUGGUCCAGCAGGAGAGAGAUAUCAUAUAUUCUCAUCACACUCUGGCAGAAUCUCAGACAGAUGUUGGCAUCAACUCAGAAGAUGUCAUCUGUGAAGAUGAUUCUGAGUUACAGAGAGAGAGAGAUGAAGGACAUGGCUAUCAUAUGUUGAAAGGCUUCAGAGAAGAUAUUAGCAUCAAGAGCAUUAUCUCUGAGGCUCAGGUAGCUCUAGCUGGAUAG